UGCUUUAUCGGCGACUCCGCGAGGGGAAAGACGUCAUCACUGACCCGCUCGCAACCGCAUCUCGCAUUCUCGCCUCUUCCUCCCAACCACCACGACCACCGCCUUCCCCAAUCCCCAAACCCUAGCUCGACCCCCGGCCCCCACCUCGCCGUCGGCCGCCAUGUCCGAGUCCGUCGACGACAAGGUCAGUUACUUCCAGGCCGUCACCGGCAUAUCCGACGCGGACCUCUGCACGGAGAUCCUCGCCGCGCACAACUGGGACCUGCAGCUUGCCGUCUCCUCCAUCACCGCCAACCCGUCCUCCCCCUCCGCCUCCGCCUCCGCCUCCACCUCCUCGCGCGAGCCGGCCCCGUUCGCCCCGCCGGAGGAGGCGGAUUUCGUCGCGCCGCCGCCGCUGCCGCCGCCUCAGCAGCAGCAGCAGCAGCAGCCGGGGAUCGUGUGGAAGCUGGUGACGCUGCCCUUCUACGUGGUCUCGGGCGGGGUAGGACUCAUCGCUGGCUCGUUCCGCCUCGGCGCCUGGGUCGCCGGGGGCGUGCUGUCCCGCUCCCUCUCCCUCCUCGGCCUCGCGGCGCAGGGCGGCGGCGAUCGGCUGCUCGAGCUGCCGCCGUCCGCCGCCGAGGCGGCCGACUUCGUCGCGGAGUUCGAGCGCGAGUUCGGCGCCGGCCGUGGCCCGCGCUUCGUCGCCGAGGGGUUUGCAGACGCGUUGCAGCGUGCGCAGCGCGAGUACAAGCUUCUGUUCGUGUAUCUCCACUCUCCUGACCACCCGGAUACCCCUUCCUUCUGUGGUGGCAGCCUCUGCGCCGAGCCGGUUGCGGCUUUCAUAGAUGAGAACUUUGUUGCGUGGGGUGGUAGCAUCAGAAGGACCGAAGGGUUCAAGAUGAGUAACAGCCUGAAUGCGUCGAGGUUCCCGUUUUGUGCGGUAGUCAUGGCAUCUACGAACCAGAGAAUCGUGCUAUUGCAGCAGGUUGAAGGGCCCAAAUCACCUGAAGAGAUGAUAACAAUUCUUCAACGAGUUGUUGAAGAAUGCACUACAUCACUCGUUGCUGCCAGGAUUGAAGCUGAAGAGAGACUAAACAAUCAACGCUUGCGUGAGGAACAAGAUGAUGCUUAUCGAGCUGCACUUGAAGCUGACCAGGCCAGGGAACGUGAAAGGAUAGAGGAACAGGAAAGACGCGAAAGAGAGGCUGCAGAGGCUGAGAGAAAGCGUAAAGAAGAAGAGGAAGCUCUAGUGAGGGCAGCCCAAGAAGCAGCAGAAAAGGAAGCUGCUCUUGCAAGGAGGCGGCAAGAGAAGGCCAUGGCUCUUGGAGCUGAACCUGAGAAAGGACCUGACGUUACUCGAGUUCUCGUAAGAUUUCCAACUGGAGAGCGCAAAGAACGGCGUUUCUACAGCUCCACCACCAUCACCUCCCUAUACGACUACGUCGAUUCUUUGGAUUGCUUAAAAGCAGAGAAGUACACCUUGGUUUCGAAUUUCCCGCGAGUCACAUUCGGUCCAGAGAAGCACUCCCUGACGCUGGAGGAAGCAGGUUUGCAUCCGCAAGCAAGCCUGUUUAUAGAGAUAGAACAAUGAUGUCGUUGUAAGUUCUGAGCGAAACUUGAAAGUAUAGGUGCUUCUUUUACAGUUUGUUUGACAUCAGUGAAGUACUUACAGUUGUAUUACGCCACAAGAACAUGCUUCCUUUGUACUUCAUUCAUUCAAUAAGUUCACCUUCACCGAGAUCAA